CUGUAUUCCAAGAUCUAACCGCGGCCCGAGUUUGUGCACUCCAGUGAGCGGACACACUCUGUAGAGCGGUACUAAAAGGGACCGUUGUCAGCACACCGGCGCUCUUCGCUGGCUGGAUUUACUGAAAACGGCUUGUAUCGGAGUCAGUGUGUGAGUGUGUUAAGUCCUCAUACUGGAUGUAAAAGUGUGAAUUUCUGGACUUCGGACUUAGGACUUAGGAGGGCCGAGGGCCGAGGCCUAAGAUAAUGGGCAUAAAGGGGCAGAUGCUUCGCUGGGCCGUCCUGGCUGUCUUAUGGAUGUGUACCUCAUCCCAGGAUGGGACAGGCGUGUCGCUUUACUUCACCGAACUGCCUCAAGAUCAAGCCGCGCUGGAAGGGGCCGCUGCCGUAUUGCGCUGUGCUGUUUCCGAUAGAAAAAAUGUGCAAUUCUACUGGGUAAAGGAUGGCAGCUAUUUGCUGAACACCAGCCGUCGGUACGAGCAGAAUGGAUAUUUACACUUCACUGAAGUUAUCAAAAACGAGGAUGAAGGAACUUAUGAAUGUGUGGCUUCGAAUAUUGCGUCGGGCUUUGUGACUUUCUCAACGCCAGCUAAGCUAUCCGUUAAGCAAACACAAUCAUCCAAUUUAAGAAGGAAGAGGAUAGAAAAAAAAUCUCCAUAUUUGGCUCAGGAGAUCACCACGGAGAUAGAUCUUUUAAAAGCCAUUGGAAUCCCGAAGGACAAUUCUAUACGUUACACGGAUGGAAGCGAUGGUUACCCAGCCUUUCAUCUUAACACCUACUCUGAAAUUCGGCGGAGCUCCUACGAGUUUUUUGGCCAGGGUCAAACUUUGCACCCAGACUUUGCCAUCGUGAUUUUAACAAAACCUGACUACAUUGAAGGCGGUCAUUUGUUUUCUGUCGUGUCUCCGGCACAGACUAUUAUCAUAUUCGGUGUAAUGUUGACGUCGUACGGAUCACAGACACAGCAAAACGUGGUGCUUUAUUACACAGAAAAUGCGCAGUUUAGGGCAGAAACUGUGGUUUUGGCGAACUUCACUAUUCCGUCAACGGUUGGCCAGUGGGCAAGGAUUGGGAUCCAGAUUGUCGAAAGCAAAGUUUCGCUAUUUCUUAACUGCGAAAAACAUGAUGAAGCCAAUGUGAAGCGAAGUUAUUCAGGUUUGGCGUUUCAAGACGGAUCUACCCUAUACAUCGGACAAGCUGGUCCGAACUUUCCUGAAAAGUACUCUGGUAGUUUCCAGGAAAUGAAAAUCUACACCAACCCAUUGGAAGCGGAGGACGCAGAAGCUUGUGACGAUUUUGAUAAUAUACCCAGUGGCUCAGGAACAGAUUCUCCCGGAACGAAUAUAAACUUUGUAACAACAGAAAGUACAAACAGAUACACCCCUCGCCCAUCAAUUGGUCUUGGGGGAACAUCUGUAAAAGGGGAAAAGGGUGAAAGAGGGCUCCCAGGUCCAAAGGGCUCUAAGGGUGAUGCAGGUGCACCCGGCCCUCCAGGGGCAGUGGUACGCCCUCCACUUAUAACCCCACCCCCACCUGACAUUAGAGACUUAAUAGGUGAAAAGGGUGACCGUGGUGAUGUUGGGUUGCCAGGGCGACCAGGUCUUGUGGGUAGUCCAGGAUUGACAGGACAGAAGGGAGACAAAGGCGAGCCUGGGGUGCCUGGCCUUCAAGGCCUGGAUGGGAUUCCCGGGGAAAAGGGAGACCGUGGAGCAGAUGGUUUCCCGGGUAAUCCAGGUAUUGCCAUUCAGGGGCCAAAGGGAGACCCCGGCCCUCCGGGGCCCCCAGGCAUAUAUGACCCCAGGACAAGUGGUGGGGUUGUCUCGGAUGGACUCCCGGAGAAGGGGGAAAAGGGUGAUACUGGCUUCCCUGGGAUACCAGGUCCUGAAGGACCCCCAGGUAUUCCUGGGCCCAUGGGUCCCCCUGGUGCCACUGGACCCCAGGGUGAGCCCGGCAUUGGGAUUCGUGGUGAGCCUGGUAUGAUUGGACGGCCUGGGCCACCCGGCCCACCUGGUCCGCCAGGAAUCAGCAUCAUUGACAUGGAAGGGUCGGGUGAUGAGGAUAUGGGGCGACCUGGUCUGAGGGGAGGUGGCAGUGCUGGCCCACCUGGACCGGCUGGCCCACCUGGGCCACCUGGUGACUUCGUAACUGGGCCAGUUGGACCCCCAGGGCCGCCUGGUGUCCCAGGAAUACCAGGUAAACCAGGCGCAUUUGGAUUGGGUAACUCGACAGGUGGCACUCCGGGACGUGAUGGCUUACCAGGGCCUAGAGGUCCACCUGGACCACCGGGUAUAAUGGGAGAAACUGGGCUCAUGGGAGACACUGGUCCCGAAGGACCUAAAGGUGAUACGGGAGAUAGAGGUUACCCUGGACAAGUUGGGGAGCCAGGCCAGAAGGGUGCUUCUGGGAACGAUGGUCGAGAUGGACCAAUUGGGCCACGCGGUUACCCUGGGCCACCUGGCCCACCAGGCCCGCCAGGAGCUGGCGGUGGCAGAGGCGGUGGUUUUGAUGCAUUCCCAGACAUUGACAUAGGCUCUGGGGAGGUCUUACCUGGUGUGCCUGGACCCCCAGGACCCCAGGGGCCAAGAGGUUACCCUGGCGACCGUGGACCCCCAGGCCCCAUAGGACCCCAGGGACCAGAUGGACCCCCAGGACCAAGAGGUCCCGCAGGUCUGCCAGGAGACAGAGGAAGUCCUGGUCUGGAGGGUCCCCCAGGCCCAGUGGGCCCUAAAGGUAACCCAGGAUUUGCAGGUUCCCCAGGGUUACCUGGAGCUCCGGGCACACCCGGACUAAUGGGGACUAAAGGUGACAGGGGCGACCCUGGAAUUAAUGGAGUGGGCCGUGAUGGAAUCCCAGGUAGACCUGGACCCCCAGGGCCUCCAGGACCCCCGGGAAUCGUCAGCGCAGGGUCUGGUACCAGCGGUGAUAUCGAGGUUGUUGCAGAGAAAGGUGAAAAGGGAGAUCUAGGCUACCCAGGGCCUCCAGGACGUGACGGUGUUCCUGGAACGCCAGGUGAACCAGGCGGUGCUGGACCCCCGGGCCUGCCUGGUGCGUCUGGGGAACCAGGACUAACAGGGUUAACGGGUGCCAAAGGAGAACGUGGUGAGCGGGGAUACCCAGGUGGUCUAGGUCCUGCAGGACCCCCAGGACCCCCUGGGCGGGGAUAUUCUGGCCCCGGAGACAUCAUCCCAGGCUCAGGAGCUCUCGGAGGGGAUAGGCCUGACAAAGGGGAAAAGGGAGAACCAGGUGGAUGUAAGAUGUGUGUAGGCUUCAAGGGGGAACCUGGACCCCCAGGCCCUCCUGGUCCUGCUGGACCCUUAGCAGAUAACUCUGCGGCCCCUGUAUUCCCUGGGACAGGAGGUGUUGGGCUCCCGGGGCCUAGGGGACCCCCUGGACCGAGAGGACCGCCUGGCGAAAUCGGAAUGCCUGGAUUCCCGGGUCGCCCAGGAUUCCGUGGAAGGAAAGGAGAACCAGGAGUAGGACGUGUGGGUCCCCCUGGCCCCCCUGGAGCCCCAGGAAUCCCCGGAGCAGGUCUCCCUGGCAGAGGUGGUGUCUUUAUACCUGGACCUAAGGGUGAUAAGGGUGAUAAGGGUGAUGAGGGUCCCCAGGGUCCACCAGGACGGCCAGGUGUCGUCACCAGUGCAGAUGGAAAUAUUGUCAUUCCAGGUGACCCAGGACCCAGGGGUCCAGCAGGCUUCCCAGGGCGGGAUGGCACCAACGGAGUGCCAGGUCCUAAGGGAGAUGAUGGCAUACCAGGAGCUCCAGGUGUUCCUGGGCCACCUGGCCCACCAGGCUAUGUUUCCUCUGCUAGUGGAGGUGUUGUAACAGGCCCACCAGGACCACCCGGGCCACCCGGCCCUAUUGGACCUCGAGGCCCACCAGGUGUAGGAGAAAGAGGACUCCCAGGUAUUCCCGGGCGACCAGGGCAACCAGGUCAAGGUCGGCCCGGUCCCCCAGGUCCUCCCGGACAGCCAUACUAUGGGCGGGGUGCGGAGGGCAGUGCCAGGUUCAUACCUGGCCCACCUGGCCCACCAGGCCCCCCAGGGGCACCAGGAAUACCAGGUGCUGGAAACGGUGCAUUCUCUAACAGGGUGGCUUCAGGUGCUGUAACCUUCAGGAAUCAAGAUGAGCUUUUCAUGAUCUCUGUGUCUCUACCUGUGGGUACAAUGGCUUUCCUGUUGGAUCAACAAAGACUUUUCCUGAGGGUGAACCAGGGCUGGCAGCUUGUACAACUUGGGCCUUUAAUUCCUUUGCCAGCAUCAACGGAAACGGAUAGAAUACGAAUAAAUCACUCGGGUCAAGAAGGUUUUGACAGCAAUCGAAUUCCACAGACUGACAAUAGAAGCUUUGUGAGAAACGGUUCCUCUAACAGAGCUGAUGCUUACGAUAGAACAAAUGCUCGCCAUCGUGAAGUGAUGCUCAAACAUCGCCAAGAAAUGGAACGUCGUCGUGAAAUGCUAGCGAGACAACAAAGAGAAAGGUUGGAACAACGAAAAUUGGAACGACAACAAGAACUUGAUAAACGACAAAAAGAAAGGGAUCAGAGAAGAAUAGAAACUGAAAAUGGCGCAAGGAAGCAGGAGAAUCGUCGUAAGCAGCAAAGGGAAAAGGAAAUCCGCCGUCAAGAAGAGCAGGAAAAACGCAGGCGUGAUGAAAUUGAGAAACGAAGAAAUGGUGACAGUGAAAAACGAAAAAAAGAGGAAGAACUCAAGCGUCAGCGAGAGGAACUGGAAAAACGACAGCGGGAAGACAUGGCGUCACACAGAAGGCCAGGAAGUGAUAAGGAGAGUGAAGCUGAAAAACUGCGAAGGGAAGAAGCACGAAGACAACGUGAGGAGUGGGAAAGACAGCGGCAAAUUGAAAUUAGAUCUCGCAGUCGCCCCGGCAGUGCUAACUCUCACGGGGAACUGCAAAGUGAAAACAGCAACCGUGUCGCAGAGGAAAAACGACGUCAAGAGUUGGAAGAAAGGAGACGUAAGGAGUUGGAGGCGAGACGACAAGAAAUUGAAAGAAGGCGAGUAGAAGCGGAGAAAAGACGACAGGAAUUUGAGAAACGAAGAAGGGAGCAGUUGGAAAAGCAAAGAAGGCCUGAUCUGGGCAGAAACAGUAAUAGAGAGGAGGAGUUGAAAAGGAGACAACAGGAGUUGGAAAAACGCAGAAGAGAGCAGUCAGAAAAUCAGGGAAGAGCUGGCACCAGUCGAAACAACAACAACGACGAUGAAUUAGAAAGACGGCAGCAGGAGCUCGAAAGACAGAGGCGGAAGGAUUUGGAGAAUGAGAAGCGCCGUUUGGAAGAAAGGGAAAGACGAAGAAAAGAAGAAAUUGAAAGACGAAGGAAACUUGAGGAACAGCGACGAAAAGAAAUUAAUAAUCGACAACGACAGCGUGGAGACCAUCACCGAUCUCGCCAGCGUCCUGAUAAGGCUGUAGAACGGGGAAGCGAACAGCUACAGGACCGGGUGAGUAGAUGGCGCCACGGAAUGUACCAGGACGACAGUCAGGCGGGGACGGUAGCCAUGCCCACAACGACCCCUGUUCCAGUACUGCAGUUCCCUCCCUUGAACACACAGGCCAUUUCAAACGGACCCAGGCUUCGUCUCAUCGCCCUUAACGAGCCAGUGACUGGUAAAAUGCAUGGUAUCCGCGGUGCAGAUUACCUGUGCUACCGUCAAGCAGAAGAUGCAGGGUUGAAGGGAACCUUCAGAGCUUUCCUGUCAUCAUUUGCCCAAAACAUUGAGUCUCUGGUGCACUAUCCUGAAGAUAAGAGAAUUCCUAUUGUCAACCUUAAGGAUGAAGUCCUCUUUAAGUCAUGGGGUGACCUUCUGAAUGGCAAUGGUGGUCAUGUUUAUCAAAAGAAGACCAUAUACUCCUUCAACGGCAAGGAUGUCAUGUAUGAUGCCAUGUGGCCUCAGAAGUAUGUCUGGCAUGGCUCCGACAAGAAAGGAUUACUGAUGCGAGAGAAAUAUUGUCAUCGCUGGCAUUCCGAGAGUAAGCGAAAGAACGGGUUGGCGAGUUCACUCAACAAAGGGAUGCUAUUAGACAGCGAAGAAUUCAGCUGCAACAAUGCCUUUGUUGUUCUUUGUAUUGAGAAUACAAGUAAAAGAAAUGUCAAGAAAUAGCCUGCAGAACUCGUAUAACAUAUAUUUAUAAAAAAAUUAACAUGUACAGAGCAGUAGAGGUUGCCUCCCUUGUCAUGAGCGCUGUCCAGCGCAGAUUUGUAUGACUUGGAUGCUGAACAGAGCUAGGAUGAAGCCAGGAAGGCAUCCUGUCUUUGUUAUUAUUUUGUUCUUCCAUAUGUGGAGUUCACUGACUGGUGGAUCUGUGCUUGAUUGGAUGUUACCAAGGAAUAACACUGACCAGUUCAGUGUGGAAAGUUUCUCUGCAGUUGACUUUUGUUGUUGGAUACCACCGUAUGUCAACAGAGAGAAAAUCUGCCUUUUGAACUUGCGUUGAUUCCUGCAGUGUUUACAAAAAGUGACUCUUCCAUUUUGACAACUGAAAGCAAAGUCUGGCUUGUCUCGGAUGUGUCUCCAGCCUUUGGUGACCUUGACAAGGUCGGGACCUCUCUCGUUUCGUCAUCGGCUUUGGAGAGCCCGUCCUUAAAGUUGCUUGCGUCGCUGUCACGUUUCCAGUGCUUGCCCAUAUCUUUUUGUGUUGUUGUUGUUGUCACAAUAAGGUCAGUUGUCAGUGUUAUCAACCAUUCAGGUGCUUUUGUGACCACUUUGCUCUACCCUUCAUGUCUGUCCUGUUUUGUUUUUAAUCGUCUGUGAACCUAGGUUGCUAAUUGUACGUGUCAAUUUUAAUGUAAUGGGUGGAGUUUGUUGAAGUAACUACCGAAUUCCAAGUUAUAUAAAUGAAAGGAUUUUUUGCCCUGAAUGGUUACCAUUCUACAAGGAAUAUCAAAUUUUAUUGGCAUAUUAUACAUUUCACUUCUCGUUUUGUUCCUUGUUUCAGAGUAUGUUAGUCUUUGAUUUUUUAGCGACACUAAUGUAUUCUGAUAGUUGGCUAGAAAAUAUUUCUACUCUUGCAGAUAUGAUACAUUUCAGCAGGUAAUGAAUUCAGAAAUCUUUGAGCUGUUUCUGAUUUUGUAUUCCAGUCAUGAUAUGCUUUUGAACAGAUAU